AUCCACCGACGGCUAUUGAAUAUCCUCUCUCUCUCUCUCUCUCUCUAUCUGUCUCUUCGUCUUUGGUUAUUGGCGGAGAGAGGGAAAGAAAAUGCAGAGGUCACGAGAUCAACGGUCAAGAUCAUCCAGACCCGUCACAACCAUUCACGGGUUCGCUCAAUCUGGUGAUCUGCUUUCCUUUCAAAAGCUGCUUUCCGACAACCCUUCUCUUCUCAAUGAACGUAACCCUGUUAUGGUGCAGACACCACUUCAUGUUGCUGCUGGAUACAAUCAUGUUGAAAUACUCAAGUUUUUGCUUGGUUGGUCUGGCCCAGAAAAGGUCGAGAUGGAAGCCAAGAAUAUGUACGGAGAGACCCCAUUGCACAUGGCAGCCAAGAAUGGUUGUAAUGAAGCUGCAAAGAUGCUUCUUGCUCAUGGUGCUCUUGUUGAAGCGAAAGCAAAUAAUGGGAUGACUCCAUUGCAUCUUGCUGUUUGGCACUCGCUACGAGCUGAAGACUGUUCUACGGUCAAGACAUUGUUAGAUCAUGAUGCUAAUUGUAGUGCCGAAGACAACGAGGGCAUGACUCCUUUAAAUCAUCUCUCUCAAGGACCUGGGAAUGAAAAAUUGCGUGAACUUCUGAAUCGGCAUCUUGAAGAGCAAAGAAAACGUAAGGCUAUUGAAGCAUGCAGCCAGACAAAAGCAAAAAUGGAUGAACUUGAAAACGAAUUGUCUAAAAUAGUGGGCUUACAUGAGCUUAAGCAGCAACUCCGCAAGUGGGCGAAGGGGAUGCUCUUGGAUGAGCGCCGUCAGGCCCUAGGGCUUAACGUUGGUGCAAGAAGACCACCCCAUAUGGCUUUUCUUGGAAACCCUGGAACUGGGAAAACUAUGGUUGCUAGGAUUCUUGGCAAGUUACUUCAUAUGGUAGGUAUUCUUCCGACCGACAAGGUGGCGGAAGUGCAGAGAACAGAUCUGGUUGGUGAAUUUGUUGGUCAUACAGGACCAAAGACAAGGAGAAAGAUCCAAGAAGCUGAAGGGGGAAUUCUUUUUGUUGAUGAAGCCUAUCGAUUAAUACCUAUGCAAAAGUCAGAUGAUAAGGAUUAUGGUUUGGAAGCGCUAGAGGAGAUAAUGUCUGUCAUGGACAGUGGGAAAAUUGUAGUCAUUUUUGCAGGCUAUAGUGAACCAAUGAAGCGUGUGAUCUCCUCCAAUGAAGGCUUUUGUAGAAGAGUUACCAAGUUCUUUCAUUUUGAAAACUUCAGUUCCAAGGACCUAGCUAACAUUCUUCAUCUUAAAACGACUAAUCAAGCUGAGAGCAGCUUGUUAUACGGAUUUAAGUUGAAUCCUUCAUGUAGUGUUGAUACUGUUGCAGCACUUAUUGAGGAAGAAACCACUGAAAAACAGCGCAAGGAGAUGAAUGGAGGUCUAGUGGAUCCAAUGCUAGUUAAUGCAAGAGAAAAUUUGGAUUUGAGACUCAGUUUUGACUGUAUAGACUCGGAUGAGUUACUUACAAUCACAUUAGAGGAUUUAAGAGCUGGUUUGCAAAUGCUGUCACAAUGAAUGGAACAAGUAGGGAUUUGCUGGGGGAAUGAGGAAGCACAGAGAUUAUGACAUACGUUGGUCUCAAAGAAUAUCUUUUAAUCUCAAUGGAAAAAAAAAAAAUUCUGCUUCAAAAAAAAAAUUCUGCUUCAAAUAUUGGACGCCUGCCAUAAUCAGAUCACUGAAUUUAUUUAUUUAUUGAUUGUUUCAGAUUCUUGUUUAUUUAUAGAUAGGCUAGGCUGUAACAAGUUAGAUAAAAACUUUUGUACGGAACUACGUUAAUGAAUUGGAUAAUGAGAAUAUGUAAUUUU